AUGAUGGAUACACUCGCGACACUCAUCCAAACAUGGCUCCAAUGGGACCAGGAUCCUACAACCCGCGCGGAAAUAGAGCAGCUACGUGACUCUAAUGCCGUUGAAGAGCUGGAAAAGCGCUUGCGAAACCGCAUCGAAUUUGGCACAGCAGGUCUACGAGGCCGCAUGGCAGCAGGGUUCUCUUGCAUGAACUCUUUGAUAGUCAUACAAGCCUCGCAAGGCCUAGCCAAGUUUAUCCGUGAUCAGCGUUCUGAUAUCGCCUCGCAUGGUGUAGUCAUUGGCCACGAUGCACGUCACAACUCUAAGAAGUUUGCCGCACUCGCCGCCAAUGCUUUCAUCGCGCAGAAGAUUCCUGUAUUUCUCUUUGAUCAGGAAGCACCAACGCCGCUGGUACCGUUCGGUGUGAACCAUUUUCAUGCUGCUGCGGGUAUCAUGGUGACGGCGAGCCACAACCCAGCUCAAGACAACGGUUACAAAGUGUACUCGAGCAACGGUGCGCAGAUCAAUCGACCCGAAGAUGGGGAAAUCGCGCAGUCAAUCAAAGAAAAUCUUGAACCCUGGCCAACAGCAUGGGAGCCAUUGCAGCCCGGCGAAUACUUGCGCUCGGAUUCCUACCAGCAACUGCUUCCCCACUACAUGGAUCGGGUUGGGAAGUUCAUGAAAUCCACAGUAGCAAACUGGGAACCCCCAAAGCCAUUUGUCUACACUCCUCUUCACGGAGUGGGAGGUCUGGUGCUUCCGGAGUUGUGCCACUCACUUGGAAUCGACAACCACGCGUCUGUUGAAGCCCAAGAGAAGCCAGAUCCAGACUUCCCCACUGUGAAGUUCCCCAACCCCGAGGAGAGUGGUGCCUUGGACCUUUCUAUCGAGACUGCUGAUAAACAGGGAAAGACUUUGAUUAUUGCGAACGAUCCGGAUGCGGACCGCUUUGCCGUAGCGGAGAAAGUAGAUGACAAAUGGCAAUUAUUGACCGGAAACCACGUCGGUGUUCUAUUAGCAUCUCAUAUCCUGGAUUCCUAUGAUGCCGACAAAGAUUGGUCUCACAUCUCUGUCUUGACCACAACGGUCUCGAGCGGCAUGCUUGCCAAGAUGGCAGCUGCAAAGGGUAUCCACUUCAAAGAAACCCUUACAGGUUUCAAGUGGAUGGCCAAUGUUGCCCGGGAUCUUGAGAAAGAAGGGAAGACAGUUUCGUUUGCAUACGAGGAAGCAUUGGGGUACAUGUUCCCAUCCGUGUGCUAUGACAAGGAUGGAAUUACAGCAGCCACAGUAUUCCUUGCCGCAGAGGCGAAAUGGAGAUCACAGGGAUUGACUGUGUAUGCCAAGCUUCAAAAUCUAUUUGCGGAAUUUGGCCACCAUGAGACGUUGAACAACUAUUUCCGAUCUCCUGACCCAGAGCUCACAUCGACAUUAUUCCAAGGAAUCAGAGGGAGCUCUUGUCUUGCAGACAUGAAGUUUGGCCAUUUCAAGGUUUUGCGGUGGAGGGAUCUGACGGAGGGCUAUGACUCUAGCACUCCCGAUAACAAGCCAGACUUGCCUGACGACCCAACCAGCCAGAUGCUGACUCUGUGGCUCGAGGGCGGUGUUCGCUUCACAUUCCGAGGAUCGGGUACAGAGCCGAAGGUUAAAUUCUACAUUGAAAGUUGUGGGGAUUCUCGCGAAGAUGCGGUCAAGGCAGUCUGCGAUACUUUCCUUACUAUUCGGGAGGAAUGGGUUGAGCGUUUCACUCCUUCGAUGUCAUACAGCAAACAGCUUCCCACAUCAUCGGGUCAUAUCCUCACUGUGGAGUGA